UGGUCCCACACUCACUCCUUGGGUUAUCAUACGAGCACGGCUUUUCUCAGUGCACGGAUGAUGUUCGUUGCGCCUUGCGUUUAAAAGGAAGAACAUGGGUAGUCUCCUUCGAUCCAUCCAGAAGCAUAAGCCAAUGAUACGAUGCCUAGUCUAACGGUCCCACAAACUCCAAAAUAUGUCCCUGCCCUGCCUACUAAGGAGAACCUCCAAUAUGCAGAUCUUGCCAUCAUCGACCUCUCUAAAGCAGCUACUGCAGAAGGCCGCGCGGAACUAGCGGUUGAACUACGAGAGGGCUUGACUACUCACGGGUUUUGCUAUAUUAUCAACCAUGGGUACACCCAAGCUCAGAACGAGAGGAUGUUCGAUAUCGCAGAUAUUCCCAUGUCCGGUGUACCUGAAGACGAGAAACAGGCGUACACUGGAGACAGUAAGAAGACAGGCAUAUUUCAGGGCUACAAACCAAGACAAUACUGGCACAUCGAUGCAGGCGUGCGUGACCAACACGAGCACUAUAACUGCAACCGCCACGUCUACAGCUUAAUGCACCCACAAGCACUCAGACCAUUUCUUCCCGAUAUCGAUGCCUUCGCACACACGUUCGUGAAAUUGCACGACUUUGAUGCACCCGGAGUAUCAUACCUGAGGUUUAUGAAAUAUUUCCCUAGGUCAGAAGAAGAAGAAGUUCAGACAAAAAAUGUCUGGAUGAAAGGACACACAGACUUCGGAAGUAUCACUCUACUCUGGAGUCAGCCUGUUGCUGCCUUACAGAUCCAAACUAAGGAGGGCUGGCGCUGGGUCAAGCAUAUCGAAAAUGCUUUGCUCAUGAAUAUUGGUGAUUCGAUGGAGUUUCUCACAGGAGGAUUCUACAAGGGAACCAUCCAUCGGGUUGUGCAACCCCCAAUUGAUCAACGUGGCUACACGCGACUAAGCAUGAUCUAUUUCUCCUUCCUGAAUGACGAUGUCAAGUUGGUACCCCUUAUGGCCAGUCCAGUCCUUCAGAGGGUUGGGGUUGAGCGCAGAUGUGAAGACGAUGUGGCUCCUACCAUGAAGGCCUGGAGAGUUGCGAGAAUCAGUGCAUAUGGCGCGAGCGAUCUGCAGAAGGGCAAAGAACCUGGCAUAGAGGAAGAGGUAUUGAAUGGCAUUGUUGUCAAGCACUACAAUUAA